AUGGUGUCCCUUAAUAAAUCAAUUUACACCCUAAUUUCAUUGUGCCUUGCAUCAGUAUACGCUGGUAAGGACGGCUACCAGAUAUAUCACGCGGAUGAUUUCCCUGUUCAAGCAUGUACUGGUGUCAUUGGAAAAACUGCUACAUUUUUUGGUGAGGAUGUGAAGAAUGGAUAUUGUGAUAUUGGUAAUCAGCCAGCAUUGGGUACCAUGGCUGAGUGUAUUGAAUAUAUGAUGAACUACAAGAACAAGAACUCACGUAAAUUGUUUUUAAAAAGUUGUAAAAAGAAGAAUUUGACGGAAGAUCAAUAUUUUGCUGCUUUACAAAAUGCCACUGAUUUUGGUUUCGUUAAUACCACUGCUGAGGAAGGGUUCAACAAAUCGACAUUGUAUUACAAGCCAGUUUUGUUGACCCAGAAGAAAGUUGAUAAAGCUUAUGAUGCUGUUGCUACUAGAUGGUACAAUUACAACUAUGCUCAAUGGUUUGGAAUUGCCUUGAUGUGUUACUGGUUUGGUGUUUUGUUUAUUGCUGGUGCCAUCAACUUGUGUUAUUUCCUUUUCCCAUCAUUCAUCAAGUCAUUCAAGGGUGGAAUUGUUAACGCAUUCCGUAAAUACUUUACUUUACCCGCAUUGUUUAGCAAAACACAUGUCCAUCAUAAAGUUGUGCUCAAGUACUUGGUUGUUAUGUUCCCAACUAGAUUGGAAUCGAUUAUUGUCUUUGGAUGGUUUGCUAUGGCUUUGAUCAUGUGUUGUACCAACUAUGUCCACGUUGUUCCAAACUAUAUCUGGCCAGAUAAGUCAAAUGAAUUGGGAAGAAAAGUUGCUGAUAGAACAGGACAAAUUGUCAUGUGGUUGAUGCCUCCAUUGGUUUUGUUUGCCGGUAGAAACAACUUCAUGCAAUGGAUUAGUGGAUGGCCAUAUGCUAGGUUUGUCUACAUUCACAAGUGGAUCUCAAGAAUUGUGUUUUUCAUGUCCAUUGCUCACGCUGUUGGUAUGACUUAUAACGGUAAAAAGUUGGGCAAAUACGAAACAAGAUUUGAAGAGCCUUAUGUUCGUUGGGGUACUGUUGCUAUUGUUGCCAUGGGUAUUAUGUGUUUUCAAUCAUUGAUGUAUUUCAGAAGACACAAUUAUGAGUUGUUUGUCUUAAUUCAUAUCUUGAUGGCAGUAUUUGCCAUUGCUGGGUUAUGGAUUCAUGCCAGACCACAACAUUUCCAUUACUUUAUGAUUGCCACAGUUGCGGUUUGGGUAUUUGACCAUGUUGUUCGUCUUGCAAGAUUAGCUUCGUUUGGUUUACGUACAGCUCAAGUGCAAUUGAUUGCAAAUGAAACCGUUAAAGUUACCGUUUCUAGACCAGCUUGGUGGAUCCCUUUUCCUGGUUGUCAUGCAUUUAUUCACUUCAUGAGACCAACCUGUUUCUGGCAAUCACAUCCAUUCACUAUUGUUGACUCCGUUGCUGAAAAUAGGACCAUUACUUUCUAUUUGAAAGUUAAAGGGGGUAUGACGCAUGGAUUGUAUCAAUACUUGGCCAAACAACCAAGUCAAACUGCUUCAAUCAAGGUUUCAGUAGAAGGUCCAUAUGGUAACCCGGUUGCUAUCAACAGAUUUGAAUCAAGUGUUUUCAUUGCUGGUGGUAAUGGUAUUCCUGGUCUUUAUUACGAAGCCACUUCUAUUGCCAAAAGAUUUGGUGAAGCAAGAUCAAUCAAGUUUUAUUGGGUCAUUCGUCAUUAUCGUUCAUUGGAAUGGUUUUACCAAGAAUUACAAAAACUCAAAGAUUUGCCAUCAAUCACUCCAAUUGUAUAUGUCACUCAACCCCAUGUCGGCUUAACUGAACCGAUUGCCACUGAAUUAACCGAUGAUGAAUUGGAGCAGGAAGAAGAACAAGAAAAGAAGUCUGAUUCAUAUGAAAAGGAAGAUUAUAUUGUUAAAAUUAGAAAGCAAUUGAAUCACGUUGAAUUCAGAGAGUAUAGACCUGAUUUUUAUGCCCUUGUUGGGGAAGAGAUCAAGGAAACUGUCACACCAUUAGCUAUUGCUUCAUGCGCUCAUGGGUCAAUGGUUGAUGACGUUAGGAAAUCGGUUGCUGAUCACUUGAAUGAUUCACAGUAUAGAAUUGAAUUGUUUGAACAAAUCCAAGGUUGGUAA